AUGCUUCCCUCUCAAAUCCUAACCUCUCCCAACCUCCUAACCUCCGACAACCUCCAUCAACUCUUCGCCGGUGGCCCAUUGGCGAUCACCACCACCAUCUUGUGCCGCCCUUUUUUUUCAAGUACAAGUAAGCAGAAUCCUGGAUCCGCCACUGCACACAUAACCUCUCCAAUGGCGACUGAAGCACCAGAGCAAGCCCCCCAAGCCGAUGGAGUCCAAUCUCUUUCAAUUUCCGAGGCUUCACCAUCCAGCUCUUCAAAUCCAACCAUCCAAAUGAGUUUGGAGGAGAAGUACCAGAUGUUGAGGAGCGUGGCAGAGGAAUGUAUUCAAGAGGACGAGCUUCGGAAUUUGCUGGCUCAUAAGUCCGAACCCAUCGCCUAG